AUGUCCUCGGGAAAGAUCCCUAUCAUUGAUUUUGGACUCUGGGUAGUGGGGACUUCCCAGGAGCGCGACCAGCUUGCCCGAGACCUAUCGAGCGCUUGCCGCCAUGUCGGCUUCGUCUAUCUCGUCAACCACGGGAUCGAUCAGAACCUCUUGACUGAAGCUUUUGCAUGGUCCAAAAAGUUCUUUGAUCUUCCGAUGGAGAAGAAGAUGCUUGUACCGCAUCCCCCUGGCUUUCUCAUCCACAGGGGCUACUCAUGGCCCGGCCUGGAAAAGGUCUCCCAGCAAGAAGACCUGGCCGACUCGGCAGCGGCGACCGCCAAUAUCCGCGCCGUCCCGGACGUCAAGGAGAGCUUUGAGAUGGGCAGUGAAGAGCUCGCAGAGCAGCCAAACGUGUGGCCACCCGAGGCCGACGCCCUCUCGGAGCUCUCGGGCUUCCGGGCGUUCAUGACCCGCUUCUACAAGGAAUGUGCCGGCUUGUCCCUCGAGGUGAUCCGCGCCCUGGCGUCGGGAAUCCAACUGUCGCAGUCCGAAGAGGCGCACCUCGUGGCCUCGCACGCAGGUUCCCUGAACAACCAGCUGCGUCUCUUGCACUACCCUCCCGUCUCUGGGGCGUCGCUCCGUCGCGGCGAGGUUGCGCGCAUGCCGGCGCAUUCGGACUGGGGCACCGUCACGCUCCUGUUCCAGGACAGGGCCGGCGGCCUUCAGGUUGAAGAUCCGGGGUCGCCGGGCUGCUUUGUGGAUGCACCGCCGGUUGAUGGUGCCGUCGUGGUCAAUGUUGGGGAUGCACUGAUGCGGUGGACGAACGGCUAUUUGAAGUCCACUCUGCAUCGUGUCGGCAUCCCGCCACACUACUCCCAGGCUACAGAGCCACAAGACAAGCAAACUGGCCGAGGGGAUUUGACCCCAUCUCGCUACUCUAUCCCUUACUUUGUCAGCCCGAAUCCCGACGCAGUUGUUGAUUGCUUUGCUUCCUGCGUGACCGAGGACAGGCCGCAAGGAUAUGAGAGAAUCAUCUACGAGGAUUACAGAAAAAUGCGGGCGAGUACGCAGUACUAA